GGCCAUCAGUUUGAUCUGGAUCUACCAACAGUAGCAGUUCAUUUUCAUCAAUCCACACAAUGAAGGCUUUUGUUGCUGCUCUUUCUUCUUUGGCCGUGGCCUCAGCUGGCAUCAUUGCCGCUCCCGGAACCUACUUGAACGGUUUGGGAUACAACGGUCUUUACAGUGCUGCCACUCCUUAUGGUAUUGCUGCCCCCGCACCCUACGGUGUUGCUGCCGCCGCUCACUACAACCCCUAUGCUUACGCCAGUGCCUACCCCUUGGCUGAGCCUUACUUCCACCAAGAGGUCCUUGCUGAGCCCUAUGUCCAUGAGGAUAUUGAAGCCGAGCCCUAUGUGCACGAAGAUAUUGAGGCCGAACCCUAUGUCCAUGAGGAUAUUGAAGCCGAGCCCUACAUCCACCAAGAGCCCAUUUCUGCUCCCGUUGCCAUUGCUCCCUUUGCCGCUCCUGCCGUGAUCUCCACCUACAACACUGCUCCCAUUGCUUACAAUGGAGCUUAUGCCGCUGCUUACCCCACCGCUUAUGCUGGUUACAACGGACUUUAUGCCGGUGCUUAUCCCACCGCCUUCGCUGCCCCCGCUUACAAAACCUACUAAACAAUGCCAAGACCCCAUUGUCAGCGUCAAAGUGCUGAGCAGAGUGCAAACGUCCUUGAUAUUCUCAAAACAAGAAUGAGGAUCAUCAGUUCGCCAAAAGACUACAAAUCAAAAGAAAAACCCCCUGCAUGUGACCACGCAGUGAGCAGAACCUAUUCUUGACCAUUUUCUAUUGUGGGCAGACUCAUCUACAGCCCAACGUCAUGAAAAGAAGAGAAUCAACACUUCAAAAGCUAUACAAGAUAACUUUGAGCCAUUCACGGAUGUCUAUUGUGUUUGGUGAAAUUUGUAAAACGUGAGUUCUGUUGGUAGAAACGAAUCUCUUUGCUAUCGAGCGACCAAAUAAAGAGUUUCAAAACUAUUAUAAAA